AACUCUACAGAAAGUACAUCUUGGGGAGGGGAAUUGGAACGUCCGUAGCGGCGUAGCAGACGAUACGAUUAAUCGUGACGAGUUGAGACAAGCUGAGAGAGAGGAGGCGAAUUUCCUAAUUGUUCGUCGCCGAGGAUCUUCUCCGAAAAUCGGAGAAACCUUCCUCGGCGAGUUCGCCUGCCAUCAAUUAUUCGUGAUUGAACUCCGGAGAAUCCGAUUCGUCGCAAGACAAAGCGAGGUGUCAGUCGAUCCGCACUCCGCAGUGCUUCGGCAUUGCGCAUUCGUUUAGAAUCGUCACGCACGUUGACAUUUUGAUUUGACUCUCCGCUAUCGGGCUCCGCCGCAGUCUUUGGGAACUCGGACAAAGCGAACGUCAGGAACAUGAUGACCCGGCCGCGAUUUUGCCCUUUCGCCCGCUAUUUAUAGAGCUGGCAGGUUAUUUCUAAAAUCAAUCGCACAGGUGAGACGAGCGGUGCCGGAAUAAUACAAUUGCGAUAAGUAACGCGGGAAUUAACGCAAAUUGGUGUUGCAAUAUACACAACGUUACUGGUGUUUGCCAGCAAGAGACAGUACAACACAGUAAUCAUUUCCAUCCCUGUUUACCAUUGGCAGACAACAAAGAUGUUGCGAUUCACUGUGUUAUACCGUGUCUUCUGUGUCUCUUGUUGGAAAACAUCUCAUGUGUAACAUGAUUUAAUUGCUUCUUGGAGGGAUAUCGUGGCAUGCGGAGUGAUGGAUCAUUGAAUGGAGAUGCAAGGUUGGAGAGCAACAUGAAUCUGUAUCGCACAAUUAUCUGACUGGGAUCUACUCUUCGAGUUAUCGUGUCUUCGUAGCUUCACGCACAAAUGUCAGGAUGUUAAGCGGUGCUGUCAAUAUGGAACUGAAUAAUGUUGUGAGCAACAAAAGUUCCAUAUACCUUGCACUGUCGUUCCGUAGGCUGUGCUUGGCGACAGUUGGCUUACCACUUGUGUCGCUAUUGUUCUGCUUCAUCACAGCAUAUAUAUUUCAACAGGACGAUAUUCACGAAACUCAUUGUAGGGUCUAUAAUAUUCUUCCAUCGAUCUCAGCCAUUACUGGAGUAUCUCCACAGAGAUAUUUAUGGCGUAUCAGUAUAGCAUUACAUAUUGGUCCUAGACUGGUUAUCGCCAGUGUUUAUCAUUCAUAUUAUUACAAGAUACUUAAGAACAUUGAAGAUGUGCCUCUACAAAUUACAGGGAGCAGGCUCCUAAACCUAUGCUACUGGCUAAACAUUGCUGAGAUAGCAGCUUUGUCUGGUGUAACAUAUAUUUCUAACAGAGAAAAUUAUUCGGUGCACGAAAAAAUUUUCAUAGUGUUCAUGAUUAGCUCGCUCACAUACAUGUUGACUGCUGUGAGAUUGGGUCGUUUAAUAACUCCAAAUGCACAAAGUCUUCAGUACAAACAAGUGCUUUUUAUGACGAGUCUCGUCAGUACAAUCUUUCUUAUUAUUUUCUUCUUAAAACAUCGACUGCUGUGUCACGAUUUGGCAUUUAGUUGGUUUUCGCUAUGUGAAUACGUGAUAGCUUUUGCAAAUAUGGGCUUUCACAUCACUGUGGUUUCGGACUUUCCUGAAGAACAACUGAUCGUAGGUCACGGUUUACCUGCCGAAAAAAUAGAUUAA